UGGGGUCAAAAAAGGGUCUGAAAGCCCCGUCCUUGAUGAUAAUGUAAUGUCCUACCUCUUUUCUCAGUGGAGAAAUGAUUUUGUGAACGGCUUUGUGAAGAUUUCUGACUCCCAUGAGACACAGGAAGAGUGCCUUGGUUUGGCUGUUCUGGACAUGACCAGAACAGCCAAGGAGAAACAGAUGUCACCUCUGGAUAUCUACCACAAUAUAAGUUACAAGUCCUUCUUGCCAAAGGACAUGAGAGCUCAAAUCCAGGAUUGCAGCUUUUUGACUCGUAAGAGAAUCCGCUUCCGCUUCAAGCACUUCAUCCAGCAGUUCAGUCAGUGUCGGACCACAGUUCGUGAUCUGAAGCUCAAGUACCUCAUCAGUAUAGAGUCGCUGGAGAAAGCUUUCUACACAGAGACCUUCCAGGUCAGGGAGCCUUCUAGCGAGGCAUCCAGCGGACGGCUCGUCAUCCUGGUUGCCGCAGACACUGGAAUACAGUGGUGUCGAGAGAAACUGAAAGAUUCAGAUGAGGUUGUAACUUUUUAUUUAAAUGUUGCUCAGGAGCUGCAAACCUUGUGCGACUUUCCAGAUGUCACUGACAUCGGCAUCAAACAAGUCAGCAAAGAGGGUGCAGGAGAGAGCCGCUUGGUCACCAUCAAUAAGCAAGAUGGCAAGAAUCUGGAGCUUGAGUUUCCCAGCCUUUCUGAAGCCCUCUCAUUUGUGUCCCUCAUUGAUGGGUACUAUCGACUGACCACAGACGCACAUCACUACCUUUGUAAGGAAGUGGCGCCCCCCAGACUCGUUGAGGCCAUAUCUUGUCACUGCCAUGGCCCCAUUUCAAUGGAGUUUGCUGUCAACAGGCUUCAGAAGUGUGGAAACAAGCGGGGGUUGUACAUUCUCAGAUGCAGUCCAAAAGACUUCAACAAAUAUUUUCUAACGUUCCCAGUUGAGGUGUGUAAUGCAGUAGAUUACAAGCAUUGCCAGAUCACCAGGUCUUCGGCUGGUGAGUUUAACCUCAGUGGAACCAAAAGAAACUUCAGCACUAUGCAGGAACUACUCAGCUGCUACCAGAAGGAAACUGUGCGCUCGGAUGGCAUCAUUUUCCAGUUCAACAAGUGCUGCCCUCCUCAAUCUAAAGAGAAAUCCUGCCUGCUUGUAUGCAGGAGCAACAAGGGUUCAGAUGUGCCUCUGUCUCCGUCUCUUCAGCGACACAACAUUAGUCAGAUGGUGUUUCACAAGAUCAGGAAAGAAGAUCUGGAAUUUAUGGAAAGUCUUGGUCAAGGAACAUUUACAAAGAUCUUCAAAGGCAUUCGAAAGGAGCUUGGAGACUACGGACAAAUGCACCAAACAGAAGUUGUGAUGAAAGUUCUCGACAUGGCCCACAGAAACUACUCGGAGUCGUUCUUUGAAGCAGCCAGCAUGAUGAGCCAGUUGUCCCAUAAGCACCUGAUCCUGAACUAUGGAGUGUGUGUUUGUGGAGAGGAGAACAUUAUGGUGCAGGAGUAUGUAAAGUUUGGCUCCUUGGACACAUACUUGAAGAAGAACAAGAACUCGAUAAGCAUUCAGUGGAAGCUUGAAGUAGCGAAGCAGCUGGCCUGGGCCAUGAACUUCCUGGAGGAAAAGCAUCUUGUUCAUGGGAAUGUAUGCGCCAAAAAUGUUCUGCUAAUAAGGGAAGAGGACAGAAGAGCUGGAAACCCACCUUUCAUCAAACUCUCUGACCCUGGAAUCAGCAUCACUGUCCUCCCUAAAGAAAUCCUGAUCGAGAGGAUCCCUUGGGUGCCCCCUGAAUAUGUCAAGGAGCCUGUGAAACUGUGCCUGGCUGCAGACAAGUGGAGCUUUGGCACAACGUUGUGGGAAAUUUGCAGCGGUGGGGAAAAACCUCUACCAACAUUAGACAACUCCAAGAAAAUCUUGUUCUAUGAGGAUCACCACCAUCUUCCCGCACCGAAGUGGACAGAACUGGCAAAUCUGAUCACCAGCUGCAUGGACUACGAGCCCACAUUCAGACCCACGUUCCGCGCUGUAAUCCGUGACCUCCACAGCCUCUUCACACCAGACUAUGAGUUGAUCAUGGACGACAUCCUGCCAAACAGGACAGCGGGGUCCAGCUGGACGACCGGAGGAUUAGAGAAUCAGGAACCGGCUCUGUUCGAAGAAAGACACCUCAUUUUCCUGCAGUUACUUGGCAAGGGAAACUUUGGCAGUGUGGAGAUGUGUCGGUACGACCCGCUUCAGGACAACACAGGAGAGGUGGUGGCUGUGAAGAAACUCCAGCACAGUACUGCAGAGCACUUACGAGACUUCGAGCGAGAGAUUGAAAUUCUGAAAUCUCUCCAGCAUGAGAACAUUGUCAAGUACAAGGGUGUUUGUUACAGCGCAGGUCGAAGAAAUCUUCGUCUCAUUAUGGAAUAUCUUCCUUUUGGAAGUCUGCGAGAUUACCUCAUAAAGAACAAGGAGAGAAUAGACCACAACACACUUAUCCAUUAUGCUUCUCAGAUCUGCAAGGGUAUGGAGUACCUGUCAAGUAAGCGGUACAUCCAUAGAGACCUGGCAACGCGAAACAUUCUCGUUGAAAGUGAGCUGAGAGUGAAGAUCGGAGACUUCGGCCUCACCAAAGUUCUGCCUCAGGAUAAAGAGUACUACAUGGUGAAGGAACCAGGAGAGAGCCCCAUAUUCUGGUAUGCCCCCGAGUCUCUGACGGAGAGCAAGUUCUCUGUGGCAUCGGAUGUCUGGAGCUUUGGAGUGGUGCUCUAUGAGCUCUUCACCCACAGCGACAAGAACUGCAGCCCUCCUGCAGUUUUUAUGUCGAUGAUGGGCAACGACAAGCAGGGGCAGCUGAUUGUUUAUCACCUCAUCGAGCUGCUCAAAUCGGGCAGCAGGCUGCCUCAACCCCUGGGUUGUCCUACAGAGAUGCAUGAGAUCAUGAAGGAGUGUUGGGAUAAAGACCCCACCUUGCGUCCGUCUUUCAAUGAGCUGGCCCUUCGGAUCGACUUGUUCAGGGACAGUAAGGAGUUUUAAGAUCCAGAGUCCCGCUGCUCUUCAACGAAAAUACUGGAAGCUUUGUUCUGGCUCAUCGAGGAAAGCCAAAGUGAGGUUUCUCUGCCGGUGAGCAGCGUGACUGGAAGUGUGGGAGCUUGGAAUAAGGACUACUGCCGAGGUGCCUUUCGAGCAAGGCAGUUUUCUGUCGCGGAGCAGCUUGGUGGACUGCAGCUCGCUGCAGGAAGAGGUUAAACUUGAAGGCUAAUGUUGCUGAAAAUAAGCAAAUGGUCAAAGUUUUAAAAGAAGACUUGAAGAGUUUAAAGAGACUGUGACAAGACUGAUGCCAGACCUGAAGCUAAAGGUGGUUGUUGUGAACAAGUUCUG